UGGCGCGUUACUGGAGUUGUAAAAGCAGUUGCUGUUUGGUUUGGAUGUAGUUUUAGUACAUAUCAUAUAGCUGUGUCAGUGUGGAUAAUAGCAGAUCACUAUGAGUAAAUUUAUGAGCAAUUGUGGUUGGUUGUCUCUCCAGUUAAAGAGUGAAUGACUCUUAGUGGAUCAACUGUCUGUGAUUGGUUGGGAAAAUGCCUCAUCUUAAACUCAGAGGAGUCACAGUGGCUUUUCCCUUCACUCCAUACCCAUGCCAGGAGGACUACAUGAACAAAGUCAUCGAGUGCCUGCAGAAUAAAGUAAAUGGAGUUCUGGAAAGUCCCACUGGUACAGGUAAAACCCUCUGUCUGCUGUGUGCUACACUCGGGUGGAGAGAGUAUUUUAAAGAUACUAUCUCUGCCUGCAAGAUUGCAGAGAGAAUGGGAGGCACUGAGCUGUUCCCAGACAGACCAGUGUCAUCAUGGGGGAUGGCAGCAACCGACGGGAACACGCCAACGUACUACGCGGACAUCCCCAAGAUUAUAUAUGCAUCCAGGACCCAUUCCCAGUUAACACAGGUCAUAACUGAGCUGAAGAACACAUCCUACAGGCCAAAGAUUUGUGUUUUGGGAUCUAGAGAACAGCUCUGCAUAAACCAGGAGGUGAUGAGACAUGAGAGUAACCACAUUAAGAUCCAUAUGUGCCGAGCAAAAGUAUCAACCCGCUCCUGUGUCUUCUACAACAAUGUUGACGAGAACAGCGCUGACAGGGAAAUCAUGAAUUCUAUCCUGGAUGUGGAGGAUCUAGUGAAAUCUGGCAAGAAGCAAAGAGUUUGUCCAUACUACCUUUCAAGGUCACUCAAACAACACGCUGACAUCAUCUUCAUGCCCUACAACUACCUGCUUGAUCCAAAGAGUCGAAGAGCUCACAACAUAGAGUUGAAAGGAGCUGUGGUAAUUUUUGAUGAGGCUCAUAAUGUUGAGCAGAUGUGUGAAGAAUCAACCUCGUUUGAUCUCACCCCAUAUGACAUUAUAUCCUCCAUUGAGGCAGUGGAUGGACUUCUGUGGCAACAAGCCUCAGACAUCAGCAAAACAGAGUCUGCAGAGGAAUUUAAUGUGGAGUCACUAAACUUAGGAUUGAAGCUGGACAUUGCUACAAUUGCUAAAAUAAAACAAAUUUUGAUGGAUCUGGAAUGUGCCAUUAACGAUUUCGAGAUGCCUGCAAAUAAUCAAGGAAUCACUAAACCGGGCAGCUUUAUAUAUGAGCUUUUUCAAACGGCUCAUGUGAAUUUUGAAACUAAGACAGCUAUAGUGGAUGCCAUGGAGCAGAUCACAGGAUAUUUAGCAGGAAAGCCUGGUGUCUUCCUCAAUACCAGUGGACUACAGAAAGUGGCAGAUAUCAUUCAGUUAGUGUUUGGGGCAGAACCUACAGAGGGAAGCAACAAUUCACAGAUGGUGAACAGCAUGAAGGAGUUUAAGGUCCACAUUCAUCCAGAUACCAGCAACUUCAGGAAAAAAACUAAUACUGAUGUGUGGGCUUCCUCCACUUCCAGGAAACAAGGAAAUGUGCUGAGCUACUGGUGUUUUUCUCCGGGGUUCAGUAUGCAGGAUUUGCUCAAACAGGGUGUAUGCAGCAUCAUUCUGACCAGUGGAACACUCUCACCUCUCUCAUCCUUCACCUGCGAAAUGCAAAUUCCUUUCCCUGUAUCCUUGGAGAAUCCUCACGUCAUCCAGCGUGAUCAGAUCUUCGUCAGCGUCAUUGAUAAAGGUCCAGAUGGGGUGCGGUUGAGCACGGCCUUUGAGAGGAGGUUUGUUCCUGAAAACAUGUCAUCUAUGGGAAACACUGUUGUCAAUCUCACAAAGGUGGUGCCUCAUGGGCUUCUGGUUUUCUUCCCCUCGUAUCCAGUGAUGGACAAGACUCUGGAGUUCUGGAGGGCUAAUGGGCAUGCAGAACGCAUUGAGCAUGUGAAGCCCAUGUUUAUAGAACCCAGGAGUAAAGGCACUUUUACAGAGGUGAUUGAUGGUUACUAUGACAAGGUGAACGACCCGAAAUCUAGCGGAGGCAGCUUCUUCGCCGUAUGUAGAGGAAAGGCGAGUGAAGGACUGGAUUUUGCAGACACAUAUGGUCGAGGAGUUGUGAUCACAGGCCUUCCAUUCCCCCCUAGGAUGGAUCCCAGAGUUGUGCUUAAAAUGCAGUAUCUGGAUGAGAUGUGCAAAAAUAAAACCAGUGGAGUGAAGUAUCUGUCUGGGCAGGAGUGGUACAGACAGCAGGCUUCUCGAGCUGUGAAUCAAGCCAUCGGUAGAGUGAUUCGCCACAAAGAAGACUACGGAGCAAUCUUCCUCUGUGACCACAGGUUCAAAGGCACUGAAGCCCGUAAUCAGCUUCCAUUAUGGGUGAGACUGUAUGUUAAGAUUUACGACAGCUUUGGUGCCAUUGUCCGUGAUGUGGCUCAUUUCUUUCGGACGGCACAAAAAGCUAGACCAGUACCUGUGAGGAAAGGAAGAGCUGGGGGUAGUGAGAAUCAGGCUUCGGCAGACACCAGCUCGCUCAACACUGAUUCUAGCUUUCCUACUAAGAUUGUCUGGCUCAGUGACACCUCACAAAAAGCCAAAGCUCUGGACUCGCAUGUCCCCAGCCUAAAGAGGAGUAAAUUGGAGCAUUCUGGACGGGACGGGGCAGCGAAACUAUGCAUUCAAUAUGAGAUGGAGAUGACAAGUAAAAGGAAACCAAUCAGCCUGCUGGACGCCCUGGAUGACAGCACCAAUAAAGAGAUGGAAGACGCUCUGGUUGGGGAAGAAAGGUAUGACAAACGUCUGGAUGAUGAAUCGAAGGUUGGGAAACUGAAAAUUAAACUGGUUCAAGAUCGGAAAGUGAUCGCUUCCUGUACUGCAAAGACUGGCAGGGCCUUCAUGAUAGAGCUGAGAAGAUGCCUGGGUCAUGAGAACUUUAAACUCAUCAUGGAGGCUCUGCAGGCAUACAAGGCAACAGAUGACCUCAGUGACCUUCUCACUAAUGUGACUGAACCCCUCAUUCAACACCCCAACACUCACAAUCUUCUUAGAGGUCUUUACCAGUUCAUCCGGCCACAUCAUAAGAAUGAGUUUGAUGAACGUUGCUUGCACUUAACAGGCGAAGGCUGUGGCUAUAAAUCUGAGCACUCGCUGUCCAGGAAGGAGAGAGGGGCUCUCAGGCAAAACACAGUGGAGACAUCACAUGCAAGUUCAGCCAGCGAGCAACUGGAUUCGAGUCGACAGCUGAACCAAGGUGGUUCUCACCUUGGAACCGUGGAGCUGAAUGGAGGGGUGGGUAAAAUUGGAGUGAAUGUAAGAAGGGAAGACCAGAAGCCAAAAGCAUCCAUCAAAGACAGUCUGUCCUGCUCGUCUCUGCUGUCAGACAUAAGACAGGCAAUCGGUGCAGAGAAAACCCAUCAGAUGUUUCUAGCCUUGCAGGCGUACAAAGCGACAAACAAUUAUGAGCAGAUGGUGUCAACCGUUGUGAGUUUAUUGACUGAGAGAGAUGAAGACAUUGCUUUACUUGCACGGUUAGCAGUGCUUAUUCGACCUCAGCACAGGAAACAGUUUGGUGAGCUGUUAAAAUCCUUGACUGGAAAUGAUUUGGUUACAAAUCAAGAUUCAGACAUGACAUCAAUUCAACCAGAUCAAGCUUCUCAGAUAUCUGCAGGAAAGACUCAAAGCAAGAUAUCAUCUUUCUUCUCCUGAAUGUUGCGGAGUUCCAUUCGUCCUGAACUGUCUGCUAUAAUGAGGUCUCUGAGAUAUUGAAUCAAUAUCUCCACUUUUUUUUUUUUACUUGGACCAUACAUGAGAGAUUUAUGCUGCAUAAUGUUCAAAGAACAAAUGUUGCUUUACUGACAUAUAAUGGUCAGUUAUAUGUAAUUUUGUAUUUUUCAAUAAAUACUAUAAAAGAUACUUAA